CAACAAAAUGUCGCUUAAUACGGCUCACGCCAACGGAGGAGUUCUUAUUUACGCUGGAGAAAGGAUCCUUAUCUUCUAUGAUGGUAUCGAAUUUGUCAUAAAGAAUCCAAGUGUAUCAGAGUUCUCUGGAAAGAAACAUGGACGUGUUUACCUAACAUCACAUAGGGUGAUUUUUAACUGCAAAAAAACAGACCAUCUGCAGUCUUUUUCCAUUCCCUUCAAAUGUAUGAGGGAGGUCAAGCUAGAACAGCCAAUAUUUGGAGCAAAUUAUAUUAGUGGAACUGUUAUCGCUGAAACUGAAGGAAAGUGGCAAGGUCAGGCAACGUUUGAGCUACACUUCACGCAUGGAGGUUGUAUUGAUUUUGGUCAAGCUAUGCUGGAGGCUGGAAAAAGAGCAUCAAGGAACAGGACAAGGCAACCCCCUCCCUACUCACCACCUCCUGCUGGACCAUAUUAUGCUGCUCCCCCACCGGCAUACGCUCCGGCUAUGAAUGAUCCGAUGUAUAACUUCGUACCAUAUCAGACAUUCCCUGAGCAACCUCCAGCGAAUAGUGUCUACAUGAUGGAAGCGCCGCCGCCAUAUCCUGGGAUCGAUCCCAAUCCACCACCAUACAACCCUAACAUGUAUGGAGGAGCCCAGCAACCGAUGGCCCAAGGUGGAUACCCCCCAGCACAGCCUGGCUAUCCCCCAGCACAGCCACCUCAACCUGGAUUCAAUGUGACCAAUGGUUACCCGAAUGGAAACGAUGCCAAGGCCCAGGAGGCUUCACAGAGUGCUUACUACAAUCCACAGCAGCCUCAUAACGUCUACAUGCCCGCUUCUGCUCCACCGUCUUAUGACGAUGCAACUAAAAAACAGCAGUAGGAUUUGGCAAUGUGUAUUAUUUAUUGUUUCACAAUCUAGCAUGAACUUUAGAUGGAAAAUUCACCAGGUCUUGUGACUGUUUUGCUUUAAGAGGCCUGGGAGGGAAUGGGUCUGAGCAUUUCGUUAUGCUUGUUAAAGUGUGCUUAUACUAGGUUUAUGGUAUGGGUAUAAAUAAAAAUGUUGGCUGGGAAUUGCCACAGGGAACUUCAAUACUAAAAAACGGGCUAACUGUUGUGUGGUAUCAAAAUGUAUCCACUUUACAAGUGUCUACACUAUUUGUCUUAUGUGAUAAUAUCUGGAGCCUUCAGCCUAAAUCACCAAAAGCAUUAUCAAAUUACUUGGAUCUUACAUUAAUCUUUUGUUUUGGUCAUAUUUGGUGCUGUAUAUGGCACACUGUGCAAUAACUUGAAAUGUAACGCCAGAAAGUUUUGAAGAAACAUGCUAUUCAGGCGAUAACUGGCUGUCCUUAUAGCAUAUCUCUUUACCUGCUAUCAAUUCAUAUGUACAGUUUAAAAAUCUUGAAAGGUUUAUGAAUGUACUGACAGCCUGCUUGUCUGAGAUGUUGGUAGUGGUAGAUGUUGUAAAUAUUCGUACUGUAUGUAUAUAGUGGCCUAUGCCAACUUGAUAAAGUUGGAAUGAAAUUCUGAUUUGCAUUACUUAAACGAAGGGGACAUCUUGCCGGGCUGGCACUAGUAAUGACCGAGUCCUGUCUGUCUGCAGAGGAGCUCAUUAGCGUCAGGGUCAUCUUGACAUGCAAUGGCUCUUGAACAUGUAUGACAAUAAGUCCCACUUAUUAAGGUAAGGAUUUGGACUUGUCAGGGUCAGAUGUAUAUUUCCAGCCCAGCACUAUCUUCCGCUAGUCCUCGUGAGUGAUGCAUGGGCUCUGUUUUGAUGCGACUUUUAUUGUAAGUAAAUUCUUGAAUGUGCACCAUAUUUAUGCUAGUCAAAUGUUCUGUAAGAUUUUGGUAAAUAUCCAUUAAAGGAGGAGUGAAGGGAGUUUUUGCCAAGGUUACAGAGUUCCUGUAUACUGUGCAAGUGGUUGUGUCUAGGAUGCAUCAGAAAAUAGUGAUAAAUAUUCGGCAAAUUGAUCGUCUCGGGUGAAGCACCCACCUGGCUCCUGGCAUCGGUCUCCCUUUUACACGAAGUCGGCUCUUCUGAAUGUAAAUAAUAUACUUGUGCUGUCACUGUGGUGUCCUAGUUCAUGGAUCUAUAGCCUAUUCCAGAGGACAGUGUUAUAGAUAGAUUGGGCCAAAUUCUGACUGAAGGAUAAGAUCACUAUGAUGCCACAGUAAAAUGUACCGUGACUCCUGUAAAAGGUUGUUAUUGCCUGUUGAAUAAAUAAUAAAAUAAUUUUAUCUGCAAACUUAAA